GCAGCUCUCGACAGUUGUGGGCCAAACGAGCUCCCGGAAAGAUCUCUCUAGUGAAAAUGCAGAAACUUCUUUUGGCUGUGCUGCUGCUGCUGCUGCUGUGCGCCCUGCUGGCUGUCUGCCGAGCGGACACGAUGGUGCAGCUGCACGUGAAUCGUCCCUACAACGAUGUCAGCGAGAAAUUCGUGAGCUUUGCCGUGCGCCCGGAGGAUCUGUACGAUGCUUUGGACGGGAAGAACCGAAAGGCAGUGACCAGCAUGGCCACUCUGCUGGGCGAGGCGCACAUCAAGUUCGUGGGCGAUUUUUACUUUGCCAGCAAAGCGCCCACACGCCUGCGCAAUCCCACAAAGAUCAUAUGGAAGGGCUUCAAUCGUUGGACGCGAGCUGUCAACUGGACCAUGAUCAUACCCGUGCCGUAUGCUCCGGAUGAGUGGGACUCGAUGCACACUCUGAAGAUUCUAAACAGUUCCUACAUGGUGGGCAUCACGGACUGCAUCUGGCAGCUGGGCACAGACUUUGGCACCUCACGCGCCAAGGAUUACGUGCAGGAGCUGCGCACUCUGAAGCUAAUGACGGACACCUUCAAGCCUUAUGUGGACGACUGGCAGGUGAUGGGCGCCGACAUUUCAGCGGGCAGCAGUGCCGAUGAGACGCGCAGAUAUGUGGACAUGUCCAAGGAUUUGAAUGCAGCUUUCGGCUGGACGCAACCCGCCAACAUGCUGCCACAAUCCAGCCUCGGCAGCUACAUCUACGACAGUGAUCCCGCGCUCAGAGCGCUUCAGCAGCUGCGCGUGCCCCUCUGGCUGACGCUGCCCGAGGAGCGCUCCUCCUCCAAGGUGGGUGACGAGACAACAGACGCUCUACGCUGGGCACAAACCCUGGGCGAUGCGGCCAGCUCUGGCUUCGAUGUGAUCUUCAAGCGCAUGUCGCUCGAGGAUUUUCAACGCCCCACCUUCAGCCUGUAUGUGACGGCGUUGUUCAAGAAGGUCAUGGGCUCGAGGGUGUUCCCCGCUAGGCCGCUGAAUCUCUUCUCGCCGAGCAACAAGCUCUACACACACUGCGCUAAUGCGGUGUCUGGUGGCUUGGCCUUCAUGGUGGUCAACACCGAGGAUCAACCGCUGACCAUCACAGUGCGAAGUUUGACGCGUCUCAGCAGCAGCGAGAUCUGGCAGUAUGUCCUCUCCGGUCUGGAUGGUCGCGUGCAGCUGAAUAAUGUCCGCAUGGGCCUCAACUCCACGCUGCGACCUCUGAUCAAGUCCAAUGAUGCGGGCAAGCCGCUGCAGCUGGUCACGCCGAGCAUGUCCGUGGGUUUCUGGGUGCUGCCCACGGCCAAUCUGGAGCACUGUCAGUUCACGGAGAUUGAGGCUGGGGAUGGCAGCGGUGAGGCAUCGACGGAGUCGAAACGCUCCAACCGCUACAGCUCCGCGGAUCGACUGCUGCAGCGACUGAUCGAGGAGACGGCCGUGGCAAAGGGUUCGCUGCAGAGCAGCAUCAAUCGGAAUCGCCGCUUCGUGCUGGACACACAGGAAACGGAUGCGCUGAUAGAUCAGCUCCUGCAGCCAUUCAACCAGCAGACAGCUGCAGCUCCUGUGAAGCGAGAGGCGGACAGCCAGCAAGUGAAACCCCACGAGGCCAUGGCCUGGCUGCACCAAGUGCUGGCGCAGACCCGCGACGUGGCCAAGCGACGCGACAGACGCAGCGCCUCCGGCUACGGCGGUCCCUACUUCUAUAACCGACACGGCAAGAAGACGGCGCUGACCAAGAAGAUCACGGAGAUACGCAAGCCGGAGCGGAAGGCCAAGCCACUGUUUGACUUUGAUGAGUUCGAUGAGGAGAAGUUCUUCAAGAAGUUGGACGAGCAGCCGGAGGAGCCGCCCUCGUACACCCGCCUGCCCGAGGGCGAUGUUCUGCUGCGGCACAUCGAGUCGGUGGACGGGGAGGAGAGCGAGCAGGACGCUGAGCCCGUGGUCUACAGAAAGGCCAAACCGAAGUCGAAGAAAGAGCUGAAGAUUAUUCAACGAUCGCUGGAGGAGGCAGAACCCGAACAGGACCAGGAGCAGGAGCAGGAGCGUGCCGAGGGACGCUCAAAGCUGCGACUCCUUCCCACGGAGUUCUUUGAGGCGCUGCCAGCGCCCAAGCAGAACAAACGCUUGAAUCUCGGCGCCACUCUCAACUCGCUGCUCUUUCCCGAACCCUUCUCCAGCAAGGCCAGCAUAAGCAAGACCCAGCCGGCGCCCAUGAACACGCAGGAAGAGCCUGAGGAGGAGGUGGAGCCACUGGCCAAGCGUCGUCCCUCCAAGAUUGGGCAUGUGGCCAGCGACUUUCUGCAGGCGCAGCGCGAACUGGGCAAACAUUUCCUCAGCCACAUCCACAAGCACGAGCAGCCGCUGGAGGACGAGGCUGCCCAGGAGAGCUCCCUCGAAGCGGAGCCUGCCAAGAAGUCAACGAAAGGGGAUUACUUUGGGUCGAAGCCGGCACUGGUGCCAGUGCCAAAGCCCAAGAGGCUGCGGACCCAGAAGCCCGACGAGACCAUCACUUCCUGGUGGGACAUGCCCGCCCUGCGCCGGCGACGCGCACUGCCUGUGGAUCGUUCCAAUGAACUCCGCUCCAACUCCAUCGACAAAAUGGAUCGUGAGGAUAUGCUGCCACUGGGACGUUACUCCUUCUACGAAUACAAAGUGGAUCAGACGGUGGAACAGCAGUCCACAGAGCAGCCACCCAAAGAGUCAAAGAUCAUGAGAAUCAGCAAGACCCGAGCCGGAACCCCAAUGGCGAACCGCAAGACAUCGCUCUCCGACACUCUGGUGUCCACGGUCAAGUCGAAGGUCUCCCGCUUCAUGAACAUUGUCUCGCGGCACAUGAGCGAGUGGUACAACACUCUCACCAAGCACCUGGAUGCCGAAACAGCCUCAUCCCGGCCUGACCUUAGCAACAGCGGCAAUGCCAUCGAUUAAUAUGUGAACUUUAGGGGCAAAGUGUAACUUAGUAAUUAGUGUAAAUAUGUACAAUACGAUCUAAAUAUUCUUAGUGGAUUUUCCUAUUUCUCUACAUAAUGGAAGAAGGCAACAAGGCGAAGGUAGGACUAGAUGAGCUUUUGCUUAAGCUCUUGCUAGGUCGAUUAGCUUUUCAUAUUGUUCAGAGAUCAAAGAUAUAUGCUAUGCUAUGCUACUGUACAUCAACCUAAAAGCAAUUAAAAUUAACUACAAAUAA